CUCCCUCUCCUUCCUCCCCCCUUUGACAUUGAUACCCACGCACUGCAGCCACGCAUUGGCAGCUGAACACUUGUAUCAGCAGGUACCUAGAGGUAACCUUGUCGACGACCGUGGGACGAACGGCAUGUGGUGAUGCGUGACGGGUACCACUCCGCCUCCAACACAUCGUCUUCCAAAUUUGUUUGUCCCAUCCCCCCCAUCCACUUUUCCACCUUUGCUGCUUUCCGGAAUACAAAAGCCCCAGGCCCCGAGCCCUUGAUCUUGCCUUCCUUCACCGAAUGUCAGACUGCUUUGCAACUUUACAAUCGAGCGCCCGCUGCCUAAAACGUGUAUCACCUCGAAGAGUCCUCGACAAUCUGGCAACCCUCAGCCCAUGAAACUGCGAGCGCUAGUCACGAUCCGCCCAGAAGUCGCACUCGUGCCCCUCCGUUGUCAGCUAGUAACGACGCCUCUUACCUGAACUGCCACCAAAACAGUCCGUUCACCAAGGCCCAUCCAAACCGCGAGGACACGUCACGCAACAUCUCCGUUCAACGUUUCUAUAAAAACCGCAAACAUGAUGGGCUCAACACCGAUACCCAAGCACCAUGAGCUCAAGCCCUACAAUCUUGCGGUUGCCGGCCAUGACGGUACAAUGUGCGAUUCUCAAGGCGAACUCUUCAUCAAGCCCUGCACCGAUCAGGAGCUUCAGUUUUACAAGACGGCCAAUGAGAGCCACCAAGCGUUCGCCGACUUGAUGCCCGUUUUUAUGGGCGAGCUAGAACUAAACGACUCGACAAGCGUCAGGGACUUGGAUGAACAGCUCCCCGCUGUUUCCGAAAUACUUUCCAAGGAAACAAAAGAGGAGAUCAUCAAGUUUAGCAAGGAACAGGCUGCUGAGGCCGCCGCCCAGUCCCCCGCGCCGAGCACUGACAGACAGUGGACGGAAAAGGCCAAGUCCAGAAAGAUCGAGACCAAUAAGUCGGUGGUGCUGGAGAAUUCAGCAUACGGUUACACGCGUCCUAACAUUAUGGACGCUAAACUCGGCAAGCGGCUGUGGGCAGAUGAUGCGCCCAAGGCGAAGCAAGAGCGGUUUGAUAUAAUCACCAAGGAAACCACCAAUGGCUCGCACGGGUUUCGCAUCGCCGGCAUGCGCGUUUACAAGGGAUCCACCAACCCCUCUGAGCUGGACGAGCAGGGUUAUAAGGUCUACGACAAGCAUUACGGCCGGUUAGAGGUCAAUGCCGACAAUGUUGUGGAGGCGAUGCGCAAGUUCAUUUUCAAUUCUCAGGCCGGGAUAGAUGAGGAGCUUGGCAAGAUCAUUGCGGGUCUCUUCCUCAAUGACCUAAAGCGCAUCGAGGAGGUGUUGGCUUCGGAGGAGAGCAGAAUGUACUCGGCGAGCUUGCUGUUCACAUUCGAAGGAGACGGCAACGCGUUGAGAGCUGCCCUUGACCGGACCCGAGCUGACAUGUCGGGAGAGCAAUACAAGAAGGAUGAUGGACCGUACACGCCAGGUCUAUCUGCAUCUCGCGUUGAUAGUGGCAUCGAGAUGGAUGACGAGGGGCAGAUGGUGUUUCCAAUCAACGCAGCCAUCGGCCAAAACAUGAUACUGGCGAACCUGGCUCAGGCACCUGGUUCCCAAGACAUCCAACUCACUGCCGAUUCCGACGCAGACAGCAUGUCGGGUUCCUCGAACGGCGAUAUUCCUCGCAUCUACUCCCUCAAACUCAUUGACUUUGCACAUGCCGAGUGGACACCCGGGCAAGGCCCAGACGAGAAUGCUCUGUUUGGCGUUCGGAGUUUGAUCAAGAUCUUUGAACAGCUGGCAGAUGAUUGAAGGGCGGGUUUCCGAAAGCAAUCGUGGAGUUAAGGCGGCAUUUCAAGGCGUUUGGGAUUGCAAUUGGGGCUACCUUGCGAGACUACGGUUAGAGCAUGUCACGGGCAGGUUAGAGGAAGGAAAAGAGACGAAAAGGGAAGAGAGCAUAUACGAAUAUAUAUGCAUAGGUAGAGGAGAGGUUUUUGACGUCCGUUACGAACAUCAUUGAAAGAAGGGGAACCAGCCACACGGGCUAUUAGGGGGACGGCAAUUCUUUUCACGCAAUAUACCCCUUAUUUUUGUUGUACGCUGUUAUCCGAUCUUGCCACAACUUGAACGUAAUUGUAGUAUCUGGAUGUGGUUGUUGUUGUUGAUGUUGUUGUUGUCUGUGACAGCAAUUCACAACUUGCGCUGGAACCAUAUGCCAUAUUUUACUGUUUCAAUGUUUUUUCUUGAAAAUCUGCUAUGAAGGCAGACAUGCUACUGAAAUUUGACAAACUCACCAGCAGCUGGUUAGAGGC